CUCCCACGAACUUUCGUUAGAAGAAGCGAAUAACGAGUAUUAUAAAGUAUAUUCCUCAAGUUAUCAAAUGCCAUUGGACCAGAAUAUCAUAUUUUAAAUGUGUGAUAAUACAAGGGGUUAACUCAGCAAAUUCAAUCGCCGUGCCUUCGUUGCGACUAGACGGGUUGCCCUAGCUCUGGCCACAGACAUAACAAGUGAUAGGACGGAAACACGAUGUUCGCCUUCAAGUGUUCUGGCUGCUCUGAAGCAGAAAAGUGGCCAGUUUGGAGUACGUGAUGGGUAGCUGUACCAUUGCUAUGAUGUUCGCGGCCAUGGCUACUCACUGUCCGGCGCAAGGGCCGUAUGACCGAUGAGAAGUUUACUGUUAUGGAAACGGGCGGAGGAUCCAAGCGGUUGAUGUACACGCCGCAUCUGAAGAAAGUUUUGAAGUCAUACCAGGCCUCCGCAACAAAAAGUCUCCAUGGCCCGAACAGUGUUAUGGGUGUUUGGCAAGGUUCUGAAUCGGAUGAUACAGCAUCGGUCAGUCCCCCAAACCCUUCUUGUAGUUUGAUCAGCGAUUUAACGAAAGAAAAAGUCACCUCUUUUGCUGCUACAACUAGUGAGACGUCCAGCGUGAAAAAGCCGAAACCCAGUACUUCGCAGCAAGUGACAAGUCCUGUAGUCAACAAGGAUACUCAAGAAUACGAUCCUUUUAUUGCUCCACCCCCGUUCCCCAUACAACAGCCCCCAAUUUUCACUCCUGCAGAUCAAACCCGGUGCGAAAAGUCAGAAACUAUCCUUGAGGGCGAAACUAUCUCCUGCUUCAACGUUGGUGGAGAGGAACGUUUGUGUUUACCACAGAUAUUAAAUACAGUUUUGAGAGAUUUCAGCCUCCAGCAGAUAAAUUGUGUUUGUGACACUUUGCAUAUCUACUGUUCCCGCUGCAAUCAGGAUCAACUGGAGGUACUGAAGGCCACGGGCAUUCUACCCUGCAAUGCACCAAGUUGUGGUCUUAUUACAAAAACAGAUGCACAGAGACUCUGUGCAGCUUUAAUUGACAGCAAUCCUCUGAUAGUGACUAAAUCACCAGACAUGAAACCCCCUUUCCAAGUCAAGGUGUAUCAUGAGUGUUUUGGAGAAUGCCAUGGACUUUACACUCCUGACCUUUUUCAACACCCUCUUGCCCCUUGCAUUGAAUGUGUAGAGUGUCAUGCACUGCUAAGCCCACAAAAAUUUGUAUGCCACGUUCAUCACCCAAAAGAGACCCGAACAUGUCAUUGGGGGUUUGAUGUCUUUAAGUGGCGAGCCUACAUUCUUUUAGAAAUAGAACUAGAAGAUGAAGUUCAAUUUCAGCAAGCACUCCUUGAAAUGAAAGAGCGGUUUUCUUCAAAAAGAAAGAUUCUUGAAGAAACUUGUGAUCCUGCUCCUAAAAGAGUUCAUAUAGAUAAUUGCUUUUCUUAUCCAUUUGGUAUGGAUCCGAUGUUAAUUUACUAUUAUUCUCAUCCUCACCUGUGGGAAAAUGCCUUCCAAGCCUAUCCUUCUGUGAUCACCAAAGAUGGAAAAACCCUGUAUAUUCCUCCAGAAAGUUUCCCACACUUGAUACAAAAAAGUAUGCAUAACUUACGAAGUCGUGUUGCACUAACUCCAGCCAAUGUCCAGAAAUUUAUGCCGAUGAAAGUGCCGGAGGAGCAGACAGUUUUUACUUACCAUGCACAUAAAGCUGAAACAGUAAGCAAAAGACCUCGUUUGAAGAAGGAACCUGAUCAUAAUUCCAUUUCCUGUUUUGAUUCUGAAGAUGCAUACUCAGAUACUAGUUUCAGCACUCUUUCUGCAGGAACAGAAGAUGGUUUGGUGUCAAACCUUGACGAUGAAGAUGAGCAGCUACCUAGUACAGAAACUGAAUUUCUUGAACUUAAGAAGGUUUUGACAGAUGUCGAUGUUGAUGCAUCGCUUAGCACAAAAAUAAUGUCUGCAGUUGAAUCGCUAAUUGCCAAGUACCGUAAGUGCCUCAAUGUUGCCGUGCAAGGAAAAAAGCUCUAUCAGAUGGAGUUAGAAAAGCUACACUAUACUCAGCGAGCAAAAGUGCGCAAACUGCGGGAAAAGAAUAAGAUUCUAGAAAAUGAAUUACAGAAACUGAGAAAUAGUACUACACUAAUCACUCCCAAUAAUGAACAAUCUGAAGGCCAAAAUGCAAAAGAAGUGACACCAAACUCUUCAAGUCCACAUUCACCUGUAGCUGAAAAAGACAGUACAAUAACUACAAUAACAGACAGUAACAUCUCUUCUAAAAGCCUAACAGAUGUUCUACCAUCAGAGGAGAUCCUUGCUCUCCCCAAGGAGGUAGAAAAAACUGUUUCGGUUUCUAGCCCUUCCCAGCCAAAGCAGUCCCCCAAUCCAGAAGCCGAAUCCCUCGGGAAAUGAACCUCUUGCUGAUUUCUAUGGUGCUCAUUCUAUGCAAGUGGCAACCAGAAUUGCCCUUUGUCAAGUUGUGAUCAGUUCUUUUUCCAAUGUUCCCUAUAAAAGUACAAGUGGCUGAUAUGGCCACUGUGAUCAUUCACAGUAGUCAUAAGGCUAUAUUGCAGUCAUUUAUAGAAUUUUCAGUGCCAGUGCUUAUACCAUCACCAUUACUUUGGACUCUUUGUAUUUUCAAUUAUCAUACGAGAUGAAAGAAUAAAAAAUAGCCUUAGGUUGCAUUAAAAAAAUUUAGUUAAUAUUAUUCAUAAACAUUUCUUUGUCUUGGAAAAGUAAUAUAAUUUUCUGUAAAAUAGAUUUAAAAAAGAAAAAGUGGGUGAGUGAAUUUCCCACCUUACUUUUUAUUUCGUUGAGAAAUUUUAUGUAUAUUAUUUCUACAGUAAAGAUAGUAUAAAAUUUUGUAAAUAUUUUUUUUUCUUCAUUUUUUUUUUUUUCUGAAUUGCCCGGUGUUUUUUGAGUUAGCACAUUAUUUGUCACCUGUUCGCCGGAAUUUGAAGUGUCAAUGUCUUUUUCCUUUUUUUUUUUUUUUUUUUUUUUU